AUGACUACAGGAAACCGCAUAGGGCGCGGGCCCAGCUCAAAUAGCAUUGACCAAGAGAAGGUUGACUCUCUAAAACGCACCGGCCAGAAGGCAUUCCAGGCUGGUAACUUCCAAAGCGCGCUCGAGUCCUUCACCCAGGCUUUGGCUGAGAAGAAAGACGACAUUGGCUUGCUUGAUAAUCGUUGCGCCACAUAUGGAAAGUUGAAACAGUACAGCCUGGCUCGCAAUGAUGCGAGAGCUAUGGUAAAACUGGCACCGACUGACGAACGUGGUUAUCUUCGUUUGGGACAGGUCUUGAUUCGAGAUGGGAGCCCUGAAAAGGCUCGUGCAAUUUAUGAAUAUGCCCUGCAGAAGCUCCCGGAGGAUAAUCGAAGCCGUGAGGCUCUGAACCAACUGCUUAAGAAGGUGCAAGACCACCUUGCUGGAGGUAACCGACGGGAUCCAUUCACAGUGCUGCCACUAGAGCUUGCAGAAUGGACUCUGAGGAGCCUAUCAUUCAAGGAGAGGGUAGGAAUUUUACGUGUCUGCAAAGGAUGGAACCACUUUCUAAAGGGAAUUCCGAGCCUUUGGAUGGACGUGGAUCUGACUGGUGCAAAAAAACGCGUUCCCUGGACAUCAAUUAGAAAUUAUAUACACCAAUCCAAGGUGACGCUCACCCAUGCGAACAUUCACAAUAUUGUGCCAGCUGCUACGCCAAAAGUCCUCGACAUGCUGAGCCGAUGCCCUCGCUUGGAACAUCUCGAGCUGCACGCUCAACACGAUAAUCCUGCAGAGUUUUAUGCCAAAAUCAGAAAUUUCAAACGCCUGAAGACCCUGGUCUGCCAAGUUAAGAUCUCGCAUGCUUGUGUGGGAGGAAUCUUGUCAGGUCUUCCACUGCUCGAGAAGGCGAAGUUUAAUGAUAUUUGGGAGACCAGACAGGAUAGUACCGAAACCUGGCCAGAGCAUCUCCCGAACUUGAAAAGCCUCACUAUUGGCUCUUCCUACCGUCACCCCAACAAUCAUCUUGUCCCAUUCAUGCACACGAGUGUGAUUCCUAGAUUGGGCUCGACCACACAGCCCACUUAUCCCAAUCUGGAAGAACUUGAAAUUGCGUGGAAUCCACCCAGCUCGGCCUCAUUUAAAUUCAUUACCCUGCAGCCUGGGGAAACUCUACCUCCGAUUCGGAGGCUGACACUUCUAGGCGCUCAAAUUCAGCCUAACUUUUACGCUACGCUUCCCGAAUCCAUUGAGUCUCUGCGUUGCUACGCAGGCUCAGUCGAGCAUUGGGCUCCGGGCCUACAACUUAUGAUGGACGAGUCUCCGAAAAAAUUCCCCAACUUGGAAGAUUUGAUAUUCGAAAGUGUGCCAUGGAUCAACAAGAACAAUUUAUACCUCUUCUUAUGGGACUCCCAAGCGCCUAUUAAAGCCCUUCACAUAAACUACUGCCACAACAUCAACGCCGAGGAUUUUAUCACUAUCUUUAUCGACGACAGCGCGCACGUCAACACACGAAUUCGCAAGAUAACCAACCUGGGUAUCGCCGGCAUGGCAGGUAUAGAUGACGCUCGUGUCAAACACAUCUGCACAAAACUUCUAGAUCUGAAAAUUCUCGAACUAUCCGAGACAAGGAUCACUGGAUGUACCAUUCGCAUGUUGGCAGAUGCCAAGAAUGAUGAUUCUUCCAUGGCGAAGCUUACCGGGGUAAUUAUCAAGCGCUGCGAUGACGUUGAUAAUGAUGCGAUUGAAUAUGGACGCGAGAAGGGUCUUUUGAUAUUGACGUGA